CCGCAAGCAAGCGCAGCCAGGCCGCCGGGAACUUUUUUCCUCCCGCUCUGGCUCUCCUUCUCCCCCCACGCAUCGACCGCCGGCUUGCUCUUCCUGUGCAUAAGGGAUAGCAUUUCCCCUCGGCCACAAGACUGGCCCGUCUGGGUGCGUGGCCAGGGCCGGAUCCCAGCGCCGGAUCCCAGCGCCGCCGGAUCCCAGGGCCCCCAGGUGCCGCCCCCGCCCGCGGCUGGGCUGGGAGAGACAAAUUGGAGAGCGAGGAGGCGGCGGCGAGGGCGAGAGGCGAACGGAACAAGCAGGCCGCCCUGACCGCGGCCCGAGCGCCGGCGCAAGGAGGGGGCACCGCGGCCCACCCUCCUUCCUGCCUGGCCCGGAGCCGCCCGGGCCGACGCGCCCUGACUCCUAAUGGCCUACCGGGCCUCCGGGCCGCGAAGUCGUUGAGCCAGACCCAGGGCCCCCAAGUGAGCGGGGGCGCCGAGGGCCCUCGAGACAUCUGCUGCCAACAAGCUAGACCGUGGAACGCCCGCGGCAUUGCCCCAGGGGACGCCUGGAGCCACAGAGCACACCGCUCCUGCCUCAGGCUCCAGCUGCCAUUCUGUCUCAGCCCUUUUGCUCUCACAAAGUCACCCACUGGGCUGGGCAGAAGGAAGCCUAGAAGAGAUGAAAUUGGAAAAGCAGUUCCUGUUGCCCUGCAGUUGUAGAAGGAGGCAUUUGUUCAUGCACUCAUUUGCUCACUCACUGGAUGAGUUUAUUGAGCAGCUAUUAAUUGCCAGGCACUGUGCUGUGUGUUAGACCGAGGAGGCAAACUGACUGUCCUCCUGCCACAUCCUGCCCACAGACCCAUUUUGAAGGCCCACUCAAAUGUUUGGGGAGAAAAAAACAAAUGAAUUGGCAGUGAGCAGUCCUUGGGUGAUUUCACCCCAGUUUCCAGCUUACAGCUCAUCUUCCCUCCAGGCUCUGAUUGGUGGCGCAGACUAGUUUGGUCUAGUUUGCAUGGCAGGGCCUCCCUGGAGCCACAGUGCCACUCUUCCCGGGCCACCCCUCCCAGCCCUGUCGUGUAGCAGUAUGGUCAAGAGCCCAGCUUCAGGGGCCAGGCUGUCCAUGCUCAAAUCCUCCCCUUGGCUUUUCACCAGCCAUGAGACCUCAGGAUCUCAUCUGGCUGCUGCGUUGUGGAAGAAGCCAGGGGGAGAGCCGGCGCUUGAGGAGGAGAAAGACUGCCUGGGGAAAGAGAGACGGCAAGACGCGUAGCGCUGGCACUUGGGAGACCCAGGAGGAGCCCGCAGAUAACCAGCCCAAGUCAUGCAGUCUUUUCGAGAAAGGUGUGGUUUCCAUGGCAAACAACAGAACUACCAGCAGACCUCACAGGAGACAUCUCGCCUGGAGAAUUAUAGGCAGCAGAGCCAGGCCGGGCUGAGUUGUGACCGGCAGCGGCUGCUUGCGAAGGACUAUUACAGCCCACAGCCGUACCCGGGCUAUGAGGGUAGUGCAGGCAUAGCUGCCAGCACCGCCCGCGGCAGCAAAGGCUUGCCCUCACAGCAGGUCCUGCCGGGGAGGCCGGCGUUCUCCAGUUACAGCAUCCAGGACAACAGCCCUUACCCAGGCCGCUAUGCAGGAGAGGAAAGCCUGCAGGCCUGGGGGACCCCCCAGCCACCACCACCCCAGCCACAGACCCUGCCAGGGGGGGUGGGCAAAUAUGACGAGAACUUGAUGAAGAAGACAUCGGUGCCCCCAGGCAGGCAGUACCCAGAGCAGGUUGCCCAGCUGCCCUUUCGGACUCACCCCCUGCACACCCAGCCCCAGCCACCAGCACCCCCGCAGCCCCUGGCCUACCCCAAGCUCCAGAGGCAGAAGCUGCAGAAUGACCUCACGUCACCCCUGCCCUUUCCCCAGGGCAGCCCCUUUCCCCAGCAGUCGCAAUCCUUCCCCACCUCCUCCACCUACUCCUCCACUGGCCAGGGUGGCGGGCAGGGGGCUCACUCCUACAAGAGUUGUACAGCGCCAUCUGCACAGCCCCAUGACAGGCCACUAGCUGCCAGCGCCAGCCUGGCCCCCAGGCAAGGAGUCCAGAACCUUCAUGCCUACCAGUCUGGCCGCCUCAGCUACAACCAGCAGAAGCAGCAGCAGCAGCAGCAGCAAACUCUUCAGAGCCGACACCACGCCCAGGAAACCCUCCACUACCAAAACCUGGCCAAGUACCAACACUACGGGCCGCAAGGCCUGGGCUACUGCCAGCCAGAUGCGGCCAUCAGGACUCCAGAGCAGUACUACCAGACCUUCAGCCCCAGCUCCAGCCACUCGCCUGUGCGCUCCCUGGGCCGCUCUCCUUCCUACAGUUCCACCCCGUCACCGCUGAUGCCAAACCUGGAGAACUUUCCCUACAGCCAGCAGCCGCUCAGCACAGGAGCCUUCCCCACAGGCAUCUCAGACCACAGCCACUUCAUGCCCCUGCUUAACCCCUCCCCGACAGACGCCGCCAGCUCUGUGGACACACAGGCCAGCAACUGCAAGCCACUGCAGAAGGACAAGCUCCCCGAGAGCCUGCUGUCAGACCUCAGCCUGCAGAGCCUCACUGCACUGACCUCACAGGUGGAGAACAUCUCCAACACGGUCCAGCAGCUGCUGCUUUCCAAGGCUGCCAUGCCCCAGAAGAAGGGUGUGAAGACCCUGGUGUCCAGGACACCAGAGCAGCACAAAGGCCAGCACUGUAGCCCCGAGGGCAGCGGCUACUCAGCUGAGCAGGCGGGUACGCCACUGUCAGAGCCGCCAAACAGCACGCCGCAGUCCAGCCAUGCCGAGCCACCCGAGGCUGACUACCUGAGUGGCUCUGAGGACCCUCUGGAGCGCGGCUUCCUCUACUGCACCCAGGCCCGAGGCAGCCCUGCCAGGGCCAACAGCAGCUCGAAAGCCAAGCCCGAGUCCGUGUCCACCUGUUCCGUGACCUCGCCCGACGACAUGUCCACCAAGUCUGACGACUCCUUCCAGAGCCUGCACAGCAGCUUGCCGCUCGACAACUUCUCCAAGUUUGUGUCCGGCGAGCAGGACUGCCCGCGGCUGCUGCUCAGUGCCCUGUCACAGGAGGACCUGGCCUCCGAGAUCCUGGGCCUGCAGGAGGCCAUUGGUGAGAAGGCCGACAAGGCUUGGGCCGAGGUUUCUAGCCUCUCCAAGGAUGCCACCAAGCCUCCCUUCACACUGGAGAACCACAGCACCUGCCUGGACUCCAUGGCCAAGAGCGCAUGGCCGAGGCCAGGGGAGCCCGAGGCCCUGCCUGAGCCCUUACAGCUGGACAAGGGCAGCAAUGCCAAGGACUUCAGCCCGGGGCUGUUUGAAGACCCCUCUGUGGGCUUCAUCACCCCAGAGCCCAAGAAGACAACUGGUCCCCUCUCCUUUGGUGAGCGGCCCACCCUUGGGGGUGCCACCUCAGACCCCACCGCAGCCACUUUUGACUGCUUCCCAGACACGGCCACUGCCAGCUCGGCAGACAGCGCCACCCCCUUUGCCUGGCCGGAGGAGAACCUGGGUGAUGCUUGUCCCCGGUGGGGGCUGCACCCCAGCGAGCUCACCAAGGGUCUAGAGCAGGGUUCAAAGGCCUCGGACAGCAUCUGCAAGGAAGAUGCCCACGAGGCUUCCCCCUGCCUGGGUUUCCGGGAGGAGGAGCCCCCUGGGGAGCAGGCCUCGCUGCCCCAGGACACCCAGCAGGAGGAGGCAGGUGGGGUAAAGGAAGAGGCAGGAGGGCUGCUGCAGUGCCCUGAGGUGGGCAAGGCCGAGGUGUGGCUAGAGGAUGGCAGGCACUGCUGCUCGGCCGCGGACUUUGGGGACCUGCCACUGCUGCCGCCCACCGGCAGGAAGGAGGACCUGGAGGCAGAGGAGGAGUAUUCCUCCCUGUGUGAGCUCCUGGGCAGCCCCAACCAGAGGCCUGGCCUGCGGGACCCACUGUCCCCAAAAGCCCCACUGAUGUGUACCAAGGAGGAGGUGGAGGAGGCUCUGGACCACAAAACUGGCUGGGGCUCCCCAUGCCACCUCUCUGGAGAGUCUGUUAUCUUGCUGGGUCCCACUGUGGGCGCCGAGUCGAAGGUCCAGAGCUGGUUUGAGUCCUCCUUGUCCCACAUGAAGCCUGGGGAAGAAGGGCCCAGUGGGACGCUAGCUCCAGGGGAUCCCGCCACUCUGGCCCCGGAGGCCUCCUUGGCCCAGAAGCCCAACAAGCCUGCCGUUCCCGAGGCACCCAUUGCUAAGAAAGAGCCCGUGCCACGGGGCAAAAGCUUACGGAGCAGGCGGGUGCAUCGGGGGCUUCCGGAGGCUGAGGACUCCCCGUGCAGGGCGCCAGUUCUGCCCAAAGACCUCCUGUUGCCUGAAUCCUGCACAGGGCCCCCCCAAGGACAGAUGGAAGGGGCUGGGGCCCCAGGCCGGGGGGCCUCGGAAGGGUUCCCCAGGAUGUGUACCCGUUCCUUCACAGCCCUGAGUGAGCCCCGCACACCUGGCCCUCCUGGACUGACUACCACCCCCGCCCCACUGGACAAGCUGGGGGGCAGGCAGCGAGCUGCCUUCAAGUCUGGCAAGCGCGCAGGGAAGCCCUCCCCCAAGGCAGCGUCCAGCCCCAGCAACCCGGCUGCCCUGCCGGUGGCCUCUGACAGUAGCCCCAUGGGCUCUAAGACCAAGGAGACAGACUCUCCGAGCCCCCCUGGCAGAGACCAGCGCUCCAUGAUCCUUCGGUCCCGUACCAGAACCCAGGAGGUCUUCCACUGCAAGCGACGGCGACCCUCGGAAAGCCGGGUCCCCAACUGCCGGGCUGCCAAGAAGCUCCUUGCCAACAACCACCUGCCUGCCACAUUCAAGGUCUCUGGCAACUCCCAGAAGGAGGGCAGGGCUGGUCAGUGGGUGAGGGUCCCCAAGCCCAGCGCAGGUGGCAAGCUCUCUGAUCAGCCCCUCCACGCACUCAAAAGGAAGUCAGCCUUCAUGGCACCAGUCCCCACCAAGAAGCGGAACCUGGUCUUACGGAGCAGCAGUGGCAGUGCCAGUGGCAGCCGGGGGGAUGUGAAGGAGGAUCAAGCUGAGGGCUCCCCAACCCUCUUCAAGAGGAUGUCUUCUCUUAAGAAAUCCAAGCCUGCCAAAGGCAAUAGCGAGGCCACCUUGAAGCCCCUGCUGCCCGAGAUGCCUGACACCUGUCUCAAGAUGGCUUCGAGGGCAGCCUUUCAGGGAGCCAUGAAGACCAAGGUUCUGCCGCCCCGAAAGGGCCGGGGCCUGAAGCUGGAGGCCAUCGUGCAGAAGAUCACCUCACCCAGCCUGAAGAAGUUUGUGUGCAAAACGCCUGGGACCACUCCUGGGCACUCUCUAAGCCCACCCUUCUCUGAGAAGGACCGAGCACCCAAGAGCACCAGGGGAAGCCCCAUGGGGGCAGAAGGUCCCUCAAGCAUGGGCGCCGGCCAGAAGCUCCCGACAGCUUCAGGGACCGACGCAUUUUGCAGAAAUACAGCCAACAGAUCCUUGAAAGGCAAAGUCAUAAAUAGUAAGAAAUUGUCCUUGACUGACUAUUUCAAAACUGAGGACUUGGUGUCCCCAGAGGCCCUGUCACCUGGGGGAACUGUCCUGAUGCCGAAGAAGAGAAGCCGGAAAGGAAGGGCUGCAGCCAUGGGACUCCCCAAAGGCUCCCUGGAGAAGCAGCCCCAUCUAGGCCCUGCUCUGCUUUUGACUCCCCGAGACAGGACCAACAGCAUGCAGGGGGCCAGUGAGGACAGCUCUGGUGGGGGAAGCAAGAAGCCAAAGAUAGAGGGGCUGGGCUUGGCCGUCCAGCCCCCCGACGGCCGGUCCUGCCAGCCCCAGAUGAGGGCGCAGAAGCAGCCGGGCCACGCCAACUACAGCAGCUAUUCUAAGCGGAAGCGUCUCUCUCGGGGCCGAGCCAAGAAUGCCACCUCAUCACCCUGCAAGGGGCGUGCCAAGCGGCGGCGGCAGCAGCAGGUGUUGCCCCUGGAUCCUGCAGAGCCUGAAAUCCGCCUCAAGUACAUUUCCUCAUGCAAGCGGCUGCGGGCAGACAGCCGCACCCCAGCCUUCUCACCCUUCGUGAGGGUCGAGAAGCGAGACAAGUUCACCACUGUAUGCACUGUUGUCAACUCCCCUGGGGAGGAGCCCAAGCCCCACAGAAAACCUUCCUCCUCUGCCUCUUCUUCCUCGUCCUCUUCCUCCCUGGACACAGCUGGGGCCUCCCUGGUCACACUCCCUGGGGCCUCUUCUGUCCUGCAGCCUCGGCCCUCUCUGCCCCUCUCCUCCACCAUGCACCUGGGGCCCGUGGUUUCCAAGGCCUUGAGUACCUCUUGCCUUGUUUGCUGCCUCUGCCAAAACCCAGCCAACUUCAAGGAUCUAGGGGACCUCUGCGGGCCCUAUUACCCUGAACACUGCCUCCCCAAAAAGAAGCCAAAACUCAAGGAGAAGGUGCGACCUGAAGGCACAUGUGAGGAGGCCUUACUGCCCCUCGAGAGAACACUCAAGGGCCUUGAGUGCGCAGCCACUGCCGCCACCUCUGCUACCACCACCGGAAAGGCCCCCCGGCCUGACAGCUCAGCUGACCUGGCCAAGCAGGGCUCACUACGCACCAGUGCCCGGGGCCUAUCCCGGCGGCUGCAGAGUUGCUACUGCUGUGAUGGUCGAGGGGAUGUCAGUGAGGAGGUGGUCCCAGCUGCUGACAAGACCCGAAAGCAUGAGUGCAACAAGGAGGCAACAGCAGAGCCUGGCGGGGACACCCAGGAGCACUGGGUGCACGAGGCCUGCGCCGUGUGGACGGGCGGGGUCUACUUGGUGGCCGGGAAGCUCUUUGGGCUGCAGGAGGCUAUGAAGGUGGCCUUGGAUAUGACUUGUUCCAGGUGCCAGGAAGCUGGGGCCACCAUCGGGUGCUCCCACAAAGGCUGUGUCCACACCUACCAUUACCCGUGUGCCAGCGACGCAGGUUGCAUAUUCACCGAAGAUAACUUUUCUUUGAAAUGCCCCCAGCAUAAGAGGCUUCCAUUGUAACACACCCAGGCCAUGGGGGAAGCUGCCGGAGCCACUCGCCCUCCCGAGGAAGGAGAGGGGUCGUCUGUACAGGCCUUUGAGCUGCUCCAUGAGCCGGUCCAGGAUCCAGACCCGGAUCUUGGACUGGCUGCCCAGGGCUGAACCCGCUUGGUCCCCGGUUGGGAAGAAUACACGUUCUGGAGCCACCUGCUCCUGGAACUGGACAACAUGGCGUUUCUGCCCACACCUCUGGGCCAGGCUUGGAAAGGGGAAGCACACAGAGCGGCCAGACUCCUUGGGGUACCCAGGUUCCGCGGGGCGGGGCGACGCCUUUAGGCUGGGGUCAACUGCUCCACUGGAAGGUCUAAAUCAGUGUGGCACACAUUACACAUGGGUGCUGCCACCAGCCCAGUCUGGGUGCGACAUGCAGCUGGGCGCCCUGGGGGUAGGGGUCCAAAGGGCCCCAGGAGGUGGCAGAGGGUGGCUCCUAGAAGGAAGCAGGGGGACAGGGGGAGCUGGAGCCGAGGCCUUUCUGGAGAGUGCGAGGCCAACAGGGGAGUGGACCUGAGGUUUUGGAACAAAUUCACAGUGCUGGAACAAACCAUUCAGAACCUUCAUGCAGUUUGGGCAGAGCCAGGGGAGUCUGGGGACAGGCUCAGGGGAUGCAGGCUCCCCGGGUACUACAGACUGGACCGGGGGCACUCCUUUUGCUUCUGUUCUUCCCAUUUCCAAUCCUCUGCCCCGCCCCUGGAGCCAGCCAGGGAGCCCCGGAGUUUGGACCAGAGCACAGCUCCAGCAGCCUGUCUCCACAGGACCUCUGAUUCCAGGGACUGCAGCCCCCACUGGGCUCAGGAGCAGAGGCAGCACCAGAUCUGUGCACAAACCUGUGUACCCCUCUAUAUAUAUGUUGCAUAGAAUGUAUAUAUGUUGGGAACAUGCUCGCUUCUGCCGUGUCGCUGCCGUGCGUUGUGCACUCUUCAGCACCAGGCCCUUGCUGGGCAGGGGGCCACAGCCAGGACACCCCUUCCCACACAGCCACCACCAGCCCAGGCCAGUCCCUCUGCCAGCCUGUCUUUGCCCUCAGUUCUGUCCAUGCUUCGAUAGGCCUGAGGCAGCCCCAGACCGGGGCAUCCUAGCAACUUUCUGUACAUAUGACUGUAAAAUGGUAAACGUGUGUAUUAUAUCUGGCUUCGUUAUAUAGUGUAUAUAUAUGUAUACAUAUACAUAUAUAUAAUAUAUAUGAAGACUGUAAAUGUUAAGACUAGUGUUCUUAUUAGUAUAUUGCUUCACACUGAAGAUUGUGUGUAUUGAGCUGUUUCUAAAAGAUGUUUAUUUUCCUUAAGAGUAAAAAACAGUCAUUGCAUUCAGAAAAAAAGUCAAUAAAGAUACAAUUGUUUUGGAAGUCUGCAGCCCGUGGACUCUGACCAGAUUCCGCUGGGAAAAGGGGCCAGGCUUUAGGUGCGGGACGGAAACGGAGGGGAAGCCCGGGUGGCACGAAUGGAGAGUCGGGCAUCCUAGCAGUUCGCA